AGUGCACAUCGGAGCAUGAGUCUAGUAAACAUGUUUGUGUUUUAAAUGGAAUUCAGUAGAUUUAUGUUUCUUUUAUUGAAGUUCAUGAGUUUGAAUCGAAUUAAUUGAAGUGAAUUUUGAAUUGUUUGAAUUCUCAUUAAAAAUAUGAAUUUCCACGAGUUGUCACUGCCUCAAUCGAAGAAAUUUUCGGCCGAUUGCACAUUCAAAGAGUUUCCAAUUGAUCGGAUCCCAGCGAAAGACACCGAUAAACAAUUCACGGGUAUUUUCAAUGGAUUAAGCGUUGAAAUCAUCGAUGCAGAUGCAAUGAGGCAACUUUAUUCGAAUGGUUGCUUUGGACUCAGUUCAAAAACGAAAAAUGUACCACAAAUGCUUUACAAUUGUCCGCGAGUGCCAAGUGUGACCCAAUCACAAUAUGAACAAAAAUCGGCAUGGAAUGACAAAUUCACAAAUCAAAACCCGAACCUAGUGAUGAUGAAUCUAUUGCAACCGGCUGAGAAAACAACAGUUGAAACCACCGAAGGCGACCAAAUUGAUGAAGAAGUUGAAGAGAUUGAAGAAAUGAUUGACGCUGAAGAAGAAAUCAAAGUCGAUGAAGGGGAAAAUAACGACGAGGACGAGGAGAAUCAACCGAUACAAUGUGACGAAGUCAACGAAAAUCCAAACCAACCAACAAUAUUCGAGACUAAGAAGGAGCCAGAGCUGAAUUUGGUGGUCGACCCAUUUCCCAUUGAAGACACACUUGCUCUCUUCCCAGAAGAAGCAUUCUUCUUGCACUUUUCAUUGCGAUGCUUGAACAUUUUGGACUUUGACCAAACACAUACAUUCACAACCGAAGAAGCAGUGGAGAAAUUUUGCAACAUGAACCCGAAAUUCAUCGAGCGAUACAUAGUAUAUCAUUUUUAUCGAAGCAAAAGCUGGGUUGUCCGAAGUGGAUUAAAGUUUGGCGGUGAUUUUCUUCUGUACUACAAGGGGCCGAGCUACUAUCACGCGAGCUACGUGGUGCUAGUGAGUGACAGCAAGGAUGAGACGAAUAAAUUGGACAUGCAAAGUAAUUACCGCGUGGCGGAUACAACGAAAAAAGAACUUAUACUGGCAAGCAUAACCCGACCCAAUGGCCUGGAAUAUUCCAAUCAAACGGAGUGCCUGAAGAGAUUGAAUGAGUUCCAAAUCACUGAAAUCAUCCCGAAACGUUUUACACUCAGUCAAUUGACAUCCACAAAACCUGAACCAAUUUCAAAGUCUUAUGAAUUUUGUAUGUGAUAAUUUUCAAUCGAAUAAAAAAAAAGAUUAAAAUCAAUUUCAA